GGCAUCAUGGCGAACUGCGUGUUGCAUGUAGCGGCGCUGGUCCUCCUAAGCGCUGCCACAUGCGCGGCACAGCCCCGGGGCCGCAUCCUGGGCGGCCGAGAGGCGCCGUCCCACGCGCGGCCCUACAUGGCCUCGGUGCAGCUGGACGGCCGGCACGUGUGCGGAGGCUUCCUGGUGUCGGAGCGGUGGGUGCUGAGCGCCGCGCACUGCCUGGAAGACAUGGCGGAAGGGAAGGUGCAGGUGCUCCUGGGCGCGCACUCGCUGUCGCAGCCCGAGCCGUCCAAGCGCCUGUACGACGUGCUUCGCGCAGUGCCGCACCCCGACAGCCGGCCCGACUCCACGGACCACGACCUCCUCCUGCUGCAGCUGUCUGAGCAGGCGGCGCUGGGCCCCGCCGUGCAGCCCCUGGCCUGGCAGCGCGAGGACCGCGACGUGCCCGCCGGCUCGCUCUGCGACGUGGCGGGCUGGGGCGUGGUGAGCCACGCGGGCCGCCGGCCCGACCGCCUGCAGCACUUGGCGCUACGGGUGCUCGACCGCGCCGUCUGCAACCAGCGCGCGUUCCACGACGGCGCCAUCACCGAGCGCAUGAUGUGCGGAGAGAGCAACCGCCGCGACAGCUGCAGGGGCGACUCCGGCGGGCCCCUGGUGUGCGCGGGCGUGGCGGAGGCCGUGGUCAGCUCCGGCGCGCGCGUCUGCGGCAACCCCAAGAAGCCCGGCAUCUACACGCGCCUGGCGAGCUACGCGGCCUGGAUCGACGGCGUGAUGGCCGAGGGCCCGCGCGCCUGAGCCCGCGGGUGGCGGCGCAAGUCCCAAGCCCCAAGCCCCGGCAAUAAAGUCCCCAGCCCGCGGC